GUUCCUCUCACGUAGCAAGUAACCCCAACGCAAGCACAAAUAGAUUUACAGAGCGGUCCUCUCCUUUGACAAAAGUUCUACAAAAACAAUCACUCUACUACCUAGUUGUACCUACUACCAGCAAUGUGUUGACCUCCGCGAUCUGUGAGAUUUAUCUUAGAAGCAAGCUACUCCCACCACUACUAUCGCAACGACCGAACAGCAUAAUGGUUCCCGGCAUCGCUGCUUACACGGACACUCUGUAUCAGGAAUCCAUACAGGAUAAGAGUGAUCCUAUGCUUGGGAUGUUAAUGCAGAAUGUGCGCAAUAACCUAGAAAAAGCCUUCGUAGCAGCAAAAGAAGCAGAAAGGCUAGCUUUCCAUGUCACAAACUUGGCUGGAUUUGUGAAGUGGAAAACGGAUCAAUGGAAAAGCACGUGGGCGGAUGAUUAAGGCUACUGCAGCAACAAUAAGAGAAGUACUACACUACUUCUUCUAAAGUUUUUGUUUUCCGUGCAAGCUUCCACGACAUGUUGUGUGGUGAUUAUUGACUGGUUCGAGUGGUCGUGCAGGUGCACAAGCACAUCCUAACAAAAGAAGUGAUCGCUACUUCUAAUUUCACGACGCCGAGACGGGAGGUGGAGCCUCAUCCGGAAAAGCCUUGCAAUAUGCUGCCCCAGCACCUUUCAAAGCUUCUGGGAUAUUCUUGCCUCCGCCUAUACCAGCGUCAAGCGUUUGCGCUUAUGGAGCAACAACCACAGGCGGAACGACCAUUGUUGCCGGGGUGUUGGAUUUAGCGUGCCGAUGGCGUGAGGGGAGUUGUAGCUUUGAAGGGGACAGAGAACGCGAAUAUAGGAGAAGGAAAAGGAAACGCAAGGAAGACGUCCUGAAGUUACAUCGUUCUCUGCGCGUUUCCGCUAAGGAUACUCGUCUACUAGAUGACCAUGCUCCUCCUUGGUGUAGUGCUUCGUUUUGCUAG